AUGAAACGUCCACCGAAGCCUGAGACGGAGAAAAAAUCCGAGGAGGAAGCCGCGGAAGUUGCUAAAGAGGUUGAGGCCCCUGCGCCAGUGGUGGCGGCAGAAGCUAUUGCGGAGGAGGCGGUAACUCAAGAGGAGCCCUUGCACGUACAACGGGCGCGCCAGAUUCUCGACGCCAACCCGCCACUCUCGUAUAUCGAUACACAAGCAGCAUAUAACCAGUUAAUUUCGGUGGGGUUUACGCCAGCGCAGGCCACAGAGGUGUUGGAGCAUAUCGAAACGAUCCUCAACGAACACUUUUUCCGCUUGCUCACGGAAAAGGCACACCACCAGGAGUUGGUGGACUUGGAGCAGUCGCUGGUUUCGCGGCUUAUGGAGAUGAAAAUGGAUAUGGAUCGUCGCAGAGACCAGUUCAAGACGCGGUUUGUCCAGGAAAUGGAGAUCUACAAGACCCACUUGAUGCAGCAGGAUUCGCAGUCGCACUUGAUGGUUAUGGAGCAUAUCAGCGACUCCCAGGUGGCGCUCACAGAUAUCCGCAUUGCUAAUGACUUGAAGACCGAGGAGCGCCAGGAGAAAAUACACACCAUCAACAGCAGGGUCUCGACCAACAUUGCGUUGUCGUUAAAGGGGGACGUGGCUGACUUACGGUGGGACUUGAUCAAGCGCGGCUUGUUCUUUAUCGCGUUGAUAUUCAUGGCGGGUAUCGUCGGCCACCGCGAGUUCCAAAAGAUUAAGCACAAGCAGGCCGAGGACGAGAAAAAGAAGCUGAUGAUGCCGACUCCGAUGUUGAAGGUGCACGAGCCGACGGAAAUGUACGAAGAGGACUUCGGGACCAACGGCGAUGACGAGUAUAGAAAGUAUGGCUCCGAGUAUUCAUAA